UAAGAUAAAUCGGACAUUUAGUCUGUCUCUAAGGAAGUUUCUGUUUGGUAAGGGAGGUAAGAUCUGGACACCCACUACAGCACAGGGUUAAGCAAUAAGGCUCCAGGGAGGUUGGACCUGAGUUUCGGAAAAAGAUAAAAGUCCUCUGGUUUCAACCUCCCAGCAAGAAGGGUGACUGAGGUCUGUGAUUGCACCCUGUGUCAAGCCAGUAUCUUUUGAAGACUUAAAAACAAAAACAAAACACCAGAAAACAAACCCAAUCGCUAAAUCCAUCCUGGCGUAUUUAAGACGCAGACUCCCCACUUUCGGGCGAUGCUCCACAAUAGAUCGAGUCUUCCCAGCUCAAUGAUAAGCUAGCUCUGAGAGGGCAGGUGCUGAGGUCUUAUCCUUCGCUGUUCCACAGUGUCCGUUGGGCGAGUGACGGACGCAGGAUCAGGGUUAGACGCGUCUCCGGCCAUGCCACACGCCCGUCACACUGGCAUCCCGUCCCCUCGUGCGCGGCACUCAGCGAUGACCGCGAUGCAGGCCGGAGCCGGGCGGAGGGGAGCGGCCAAAAGACUCUGCGGGGAGGGCACCUGUGGGCGCGCGGAGCUCCUGCGUCCUGGGCCCCGGACCGGGGUCCCAGGUGGAUGGGCCCCGUAGGGAAGAAGGGCGCAGCUGCCCGCGGGCUGGACGCCCGCCCUUUCGGGGCCGGCGCGGAGGGAGAGGCGAGCAGGAGGCCGGGCGCGAAGCCAGAGCCCGGCCCGCAGGGUCGGGAGGAAGGGUUCCGGCCUCGGCAGAGAGCGGGGGACUGGCCGGGAGGGGCGGGAAUCCGGGCCCGGGGAGGAGGAGGAGAGUCGGGGCUGAGAUCAAAGGGGAAGCACGUGUGCCGGGCGAUGGCCCCGGCCGGAGCCGGAUGCCGAGGUCACAGCCGAGGGUCCCCGCGGCCGCCCCCGGCCCGCCCAGCCCGCGGCCCCUCCCCGCGUCCCAGUCUCCUCCCCGAGGGCCCGGGGCUGGGCCGCCACUCCCUCCAGCUCCCGCCCUCGACCGCGCGCAUCUCAUUCCAGCCCUCAUUCCACGCAUUCCAGGCUUCCUCCUUUCAAACCCCAGGCCGGGGGCGGGGAGAACCCGCAGCUCCCGGCUCCGCCGCGCUGCCGCAUCCCCCAGGUCCAACGGGCGCUCCUCCAAGCGGAGCCUUGGAGGGCAAGGCCGGCACCAUUACCUCCAACGAGUGGGGCUCUCCCAACUCCCCCGAGGGGAGCAACGUCUCUGGGGGCAGCCAGGCCUUGGACAAGCCCAUCGACAAUGACGCGGAGGGCGUGUGGAGCCCUGACAUUGAGCAGAGCUUCCAGGAGGCCCUGGCCAUCUACCCGCCCUGUGGUCGGCGCAAGAUCAUCCUGUCGGAUGAAGGCAAGAUGUAUGGUCGGAACGAGCUGAUCGCCCGCUACAUCAAGCUCCGGACAGGGAAGACCCGCACCAGGAAGCAGGUGUCCAGCCACAUCCAGGUGCUGGCUCGGCGAAAAGCCCGUGAGAUCCAGGCCAAGCUAAAGGAUCAGGCAGCUAAGGACAAGGCCCUGCAGAGCAUGGCUGCCAUGUCGUCCGCCCAGAUCAUCUCCGCCGCAGCCUUCCACAGUAAAAUGACCCUCACCCGGGGCCCAGGCUACCCAGCGGUCUCAGGGUUUUGGCAAGGAGCUCUGCCAGGCCAAGCCGGAACGUCCCACGAUGUGAAACCUUUCUCCCAGCAAACCUACACUGUCCAGCCGUCACUGCCUCUGCCAGGGUUCGAGUCUCCGGCAGGACCUGCCCCGUCGCCCUCUGCGCCCCCCGCACCCCCGUGGCAGGGCCGCAGCGUGGCCAGCUCCAAGCUCUGGAUGUUGGAGUUCUCUGCCUUCUUGGAGCGGCAGCAGGACCCCGAUACGUACAACAAGCACCUGUUCGUGCACAUCGGCCAGUCGAGCCCCAGCUACAGCGACCCCUACCUCGAAGCCGUGGACAUCCACCAGAUCUACGACAAGUUCCCCGAGAAGAAGGGCGGCCUCAAGGAGCUCUUUGAACGUGGACCCUCCAACGCCUUUUUCCUCGUGAAGUUCUGGGCAGACCUCAACACCAACAUGGAAGACGAGGGCGGCUCCUUCUACGGGGUGUCCAGCCAGUACGAGAGCCCCGAGAACAUGGUCAUCACCUGCUCCACCAAGGUGUGCUCCUUCGGCAAGCAGGUGGUGGAGAAAGUAGAGACCGAGUGCGCGCGCUACGAGAACGGCCACUACUCCUACCGAAUCCACCGCUCCCCGCUCUGCGAGUACAUGGUCAACUUCAUCCACAAGCUGAGGCACCUGCCCGAGAAGCACAUGAUGAACAGUGUGCUGGAGAACUUCACCAUCCUGCAGGUGGUCACCAACAGAGACACCCAGGAGACCCUGCUGUGCGUCGCGUACGUCUUCGAGGUGUCAGCGAGCGAGCACGGGGCUCAGCACCACAUCUACCGGCUGGUGAAGGAGUAGAGACCAGGGACAGGGAGGGGGUGACAUCACGUGUGCAGGGACGAGGGGAGGGGCCCCAUGGGGCAGCCCCCGAAGCACCAAGAGUUGAGGUGGUGACUCUUCUACCCAGGAGCAAAUUCUGCCUGAACCUGCAAUUGCCCAAGCCCAAUAAACCCCAGCUCUGUGCGUCUUCA